ACCUGAAGUUAGAGGGUCUUCUUUUUUCAGAAUUUUCUGAGUUAUCAAGGAACUCUACUGGUUCAUGGUUGUCUGGAGCAAAAGUUAACUGGCCUGAAGUUCAUAGCUUGAGCAGGAAUUCCUUUAGCAUGAAUGAUCAGAAAUUUCCCAUUGAAUUGCCUGGCGGAGCUGAUUUCACAGCUCAUAAGCUCACAGAUGGUAGAUUAGAUGCUGGCAGUAGAGUCUUGGAUAUUGCAACUUGUGGAGAUGGGAUAUGUACUGAUGUAGAUUCCCAAUCUGUAACUGCGGCUUCUCAAAGAACAGUUCAGGUGCCACAGAACCAUGAACUCCCUCAUUUGUAUCAUCGUCAGUUUCCAAAUAAUUCUGGCCAGCAGAUUUUUGUCUCUUCAAGCACUGAAAUUGAGCACAAACCUGAAGAUGUUGGUCAAACUAAUUAUAAAUCAGGGGACCUAAAGAAACUUGACAGCUUUGGCAGGUGGAUGGAUAAAGAAAUUGGUGGAGAUUGUGACAAUUCUUUAAUGGCAUCUGAUUCUGGCAAGUAUUGGAGUACACUCGAUGCUGGAAACGAAGACAAGGAAGUAUCCAGUUUGUCGCGGCAUAUGCAGUUGGACAUUGAUUCCCUUGGCCCAUCUCUUUCUCAGGAACAGCUAUUUAGCAUUCUUGAUUUUUCACCAGACUGGGCUUAUACUGGAGUUAAGACGAAGGUAUUAAUUGUAGGUUCAUUUUUGGGAAGCAAAAAGCUCACCAGUAGUACUAACUGGGGUUGUAUGUUUGGUGAAGUUGAAGUUUCUGCUGAAGUUGUGAGUGAUAAUAUCAUCCGAUGUCAAGCUCCUUCACAUGUUCCGGGACGUGUUCCAUUUUAUAUCACAUGCAGUAACAGGUUAGCAUGCAGUGAGGUCAGGGAGUUUGAAUAUCGUGAAAAUCCUUCUUCUCGUGCUUUUAAAUGUGCACCAGAUGAGGAAAUGAGGUUACAAACAUGCUUUGCAAGAUUGUUGUACCUGGGUCCGGAUGAGAAGUGGUUAUAUUGCUCUAUCAAUGAAUGUGAUAGAUGUAAGCUCAGAAGUACCAUAUACUCAACAAGAAGCAUUGGUGACAAAGAUUGGGAAAGGGUAAAAGAAACUUCUGGAGAUUCAAAAGUUGUCUUUGCGGAUGCUAGAGAUAAGUUGUUGCAAAUUAUGUUUGAAGAAAGACUCUGUGAGUGGCUUAUCCAGAAAGUUCAUGAAUGUGGAAAAGGUCCUAAUGUUCUUGAUGAUGGUGGUCUAGGAGUUAUACACUUGGCAGCUUCUCUUGGUUAUGAUUGGGCAAUGCGUCCCAUAGUUGCUGCUGGUGUCAAUCCCAAUUUCAGAGAUGCACGAGGAAGAACCGGGCUCCACUGGGCAUCGUAUUUCGGGAGGUCAGAUUGCUGUCUUAAUUUUUUUUUCAUACUCUUAGGUUGUUACUGUUACCCGUUAGAAUUAAUUACUCUUUUUCUUUGAGAUAAAAAGUGUAAGUAAAUUAAUAUGAGGCACCAAGGGAGUACCGCCCAUUUACAAAAAAUUUACAAGAAGUCAGUAAGUAUAUUUACAAUGACUCCGAAAUCUUCAGGACUAUACAGAUCAUGACCCAAAGCCAAAGAACCAUAAAAGUGAAACCAUAAAAGUUAGAAUUAAUUACUCUUCACCGCAAGCAAAUGUAAUGAUUAUGUUCAAAGGAAUUGUCUGGUGUUUGUUAAUUUGUUGCAGUGUCAUGUAAGUAGGAUUAAAGGUUUUUAAUCAUUUUGGAAGUAUGAACUACUGAACACAUGUAGUCUGAUGUAAGUAGGAUUAAAGGUUUUUGAUCAUUUUGGAAGUAUGAACUACUGAACACAUGUAAUCUGAUGUUUCGAAACUUUGGUUUAAUUCUCUCCACAAAAAAAAAAAGGAAAAAACAAGUCCGUUAAAAAACAAAUUCAGGAUAUCUCUUUUA